CGUCAGCGCUGCGCCGCCGCGGCCGUGACGCUCAGGUCGGACCCGGCCGGGCCAGACCGGGACAGGGGGCGGGCGGCGGCAGCGGGCCUGGCCCCCGGGAUGGCGAUGUUCCGCAGCCUAGUGGCCUCGGCUCAGCAGCGGCAGCCGCCAGCCGGGCCCACGGGUGGCGACAGCGGCCUGGAGGCGCAGUACAGCUGCCCCAUCUGUCUGGAGGUCUACCACCGGCCGGUGGCCAUCGGCAGCUGCGGCCACACGUUCUGUGGGGAAUGCCUCCAGCCAUGCCUCCAGGUGCCAUCCCCUCUCUGCCCACUCUGCCGCCUGCCCUUUGACCCCAAGAAGGUGGACAAGGCCACCCACGUGGAGAAGCAGCUCUCGUCCUACAAGGCACCCUGCCGCGGCUGCAACAAGAAGGUGGCCCUGGCAAAGAUGCGAGUGCACGUCUCGUCCUGUGUGAAGGUCCAGGAGCAGAUGGCCAACUGCCCCAAGUUUGUCCCUGUGGUGCCCACAUCCCAGCCCAUCCCCAGCAACAUUCCCAACAGGUCCACCUUCACCUGCCCGUACUGCGGUGCCCGCAACCUAGACCAGCAGGAACUGGUGAAGCACUGUGUGGAGAACCACCGCAGCGACCCCAACCGCGUGGUCUGCCCCAUCUGCUCAGCGAUGCCCUGGGGGGACCCCAGCUAUAAGAGCGCCAACUUCCUGCAGCAUCUCCUCCACCGGCACAAGUUCUCCUAUGACACCUUUGUGGACUACAGCAUCGAUGAGGAAGCUGCCUUCCAGGCUGCCCUGGCCCUGUCUCUGUCUGAGAACUGAACGCCCGGUCCCUCCCCACCACGAGGUCAGCCACUCACCCUGCGCCUGAGGUCUGGCUCCUUCCCCAGCUCCCGAGUGGGCGUGCAGCUGUGGGCCAGGUGGAAACUCCAUAAGGCAUGAGGAGGCCAGCUGGCCAAGCUGCGGGGGCAGGAGAGUAGCCACCCCUCACCUCUCUGCAGCAUAGCUUGGGUCUGAGGGGCUUUGCAACUGAGCUGGUGCCCUCACAGUGUGGCCAGGCGGGGGGCCUGUGACCCUGGAACAGGUGGCGUCAUUCAAAGCCAUGAGGACUCUGCACCCAAGGCCCUGCUGCUAAGUGGAGAGCGGGUCAGGGUAGACCCACUGAAGACCCCCACCACACCGCUGCUGUCCUGGCUCCACCCCACCUUCACCUGCUCAUUUGGUACUGGCUUUUGUGAUACCUAGAAAUUCUGGCAUUUUUCUAUAUUAUCCAGUAUGAUAAUCUUUUCACAUUUUAUAGAGCAAAGAAAAUGCAGUUACUCUUCAUACUGCAAUAUCCGUGUUUGACUAGGAAUAAUAGUAUUUUUAUGGAACAUUUACAAGAUUAUAUUUUUUAAAAAAAAAAUAAUGAAAAAUAAGCAUUGUGUGGAAUCGGGGGAGAGAGGAGACCAGGCAGGAGUGAAAGCCAGUGGGGCCAGGGGCUCCACUCUUGCACGUGUGAUGUGGCAGUGGCAGCUCGGUCCCCAGAUGACUCUAUGGUUCAGGUUCUGUAGGCUGUCAGUUUCUCUCUCAGUAGUGGCCAGGAAGAAACCUCCGGCCCCAGCCCACUCACUGGUGGCCACUGGGUCUGCAGAUAAGGCAGGGUUUUCCAGAGACACAGGAUGGCCUGGCCCAGGGUCCUGGCUUGGCAGAGUGUCCACGGAGUGUUCCUGUCCCCAUCCGGGACCAGAGGGGCAGAUUGCAGGGGGCUGGGGCCAGAAAACAUGUUUCAUGGCAUAAGUUAUUGCUGUCUUUUAAAACAACUUAAAUAAAAUGUUUC